GCCGGGCGUGAAGUGAACCCCCCGUCCAAUGAUUAUGCAGGGGGAGAGGUGAUAAUGACUUCCUAUCAAGAGUUAACGGCCGAAGGGGAGAGUAGCCCUCUGUUCACGGGCUGCUGCCGAGCGAAAGAGGUCAUAAACCGGGACCUGGAAGGCAGGACUCAUCCUGAACUCGGCAGUCGUGAUGAGGAGGGGAAACUGGAGGCUGAAGUAGCCUCAGGAUUUAACACACCGCAUCCCCGGUACUUAACUCUCUCCAACAGUUUGACUCUGUGCACCUCUUUGGACAGCCCUCCUCCUCCUCCUCCUCCUCCUCCACCGUGUGAGACUCUCGAGGGCUUCUCGACACCGGCCUGCCCCCACUCGUCCCGUGUCCCCUGGCGGUGCAGGGCGCAGGGGCAGAGCUCUCCAGGACGCGGAUACUCUGCGUCAAAUAACGACGAGACGCCACAGUCCCGUUUUGGGUCACUUACAGAACAAAUUCAAAUCUACUCCCACAAUGGCCCCGAGAUUCACGUCGCCGUGGGGAGUUCUGCCAGCUCGGACUGCAACGUAGCUGAUAUGGACGUAAACAGUACAACUUUUGAGUGGAUGAGAGUGAAGAGGAGUCAGCACCGGGCGGCCAGGAUGCACAUGACCUGUGGGUUCAGUAUUGUUGGCUCGGGCCUCGGUGCUGUGGAGGCUGGAAGCAGCAGCAGCAGCAGCAUCUGCACGGAUGGCCAUCCCACGGUGAACGGGGCCCCGAGGACCAGCUUCAGCACCAAGCAGCUGACAGAGCUGGAGAAGGAGUUCCACUUCAACAAGUACUUGACGCGGGCCAGGAGGGUGGAGGUCGCCAGCGCCCUGCAGCUCAGCGAGACGCAGGUGAAAGUUUGGUUUCAGAACAGACGCAUGAAGCAGAAGAAAUUACAGAGAGACGGGCUGCUCUCAGACCCGGGGCCCGCGGCACCGCACUCACACGCCGACACUCUGGACACCUGCCCCUCUUCUGGACCGUCCUCGCCAAAACACCUGCCCCUGAACUCCUGAGCCGCAGGAGCUGCGCCAUGCGUUACGCAGCAAGGGCGUCUGCCUGCAGAUGUUUUGAUUCCCGUUUGCAUCGGUUUCAAUCAGGCUUCACCAUUAUUUGCUUACCACGAUGGAUGCUUAUCGCAAGAAGCGCAAUGGCAAGUUUCUUCAUGCAAGAACGGGUCAAAACAAUUUGUCAUCCUCCCCGGCUUCAGACUGGCGCACUGAUUUGAAUAUUAAAAUUCAAGUCAUUCCAUUGCGCUCCUAUCUACACAAUGUAAACGAAGAAACAAAAUUAUAUUAAUUGCCCAUAGAAACUGUGGCAGACUAUUUGUUUAUUUAUUUUGAACAAUUCAUUCAGGAAAUGGCUUUACUUGAAUAGAUUUAUUCUGCAGGACACGUGCUUCCUAGUUUUGUUUAAAAUAACACGAAAUAAUUUUAUUUAUUUAUUUAAGGUCUACAUUGGACCGUGUUUAUUUUAUUGACACAGAAAGAAAAUAUAUUAGAGUGAGUCUGGCUAAUUAUUCCACCAAAUCACACUGUUGGUCUUAAUCUUAAUUCAUGUUCCAACAUUACAGAGAUUUCUUUUAUUAUUAUAUCCAUUAAAAGGCUGUUUGUGCCUGAGAGCCCACAUUUGAGGAAAAAGUCAGCUGCACCUUUUUGUAGACAGACAUCUCUAACGUGAUCAUCAUCAGGCUCAUUUUGCAGAGCUCUCAUGCUGCUUUAAUGUUGUGUAUUUUGUCCGGUUUUUAGGUUUUUCAUUAUCCGUCGUCCAUGGAGAGAUUAAACUACCGUAAUUGACUGAUAGAUUUAUUGACUGCCCGUAUUAGGAGUAUUGAUCCGUGGUGAUCCAUCUAUUUGAGGCACAAAUCUGGGAGCGUUUGCAUGCAUCUGUAACUGCACGUUAAUGGCAUGUAGAAACAUCACGAUCGGGAGUUGUUGCGUCUUUUAUUACCCCUAUACAUGCAUCAGAAAAUGAUAAUUUAGCUUGAACACUCAUGCGGGAGAGAAGACAAUAAAACGCUGUCUGGGCUGUUUUGCAGAUCAACCAAUAAAUUGUGUGGUCCCCAGCAGUUCGAGCAGCUAAAUAUUCCUUCCAGAUUCACAUCUCAUCUCGUAUAAAGUAAAUGAUUGUAAACUCGGCCCUUAAACACUGUUAUGUUCCCAGUAUUGCAAUGCAUUUCUGUCACGUUAAUGUCUGUUCUAAUAUCAAGAUAUGAGCCAUCAGCCGCAUUAAUUCUCUGUGAGGGAAUAUUUUUGUUUAGCUUUCAAUUAGCGUGUGUUUGCACUGGAUAUGAAAAGGUUACCACAUCCAAAGCGAAUAUUAAUGACAACAAAGGAAUUAAAGUUAAAGCAGCUGGGGGUUGUCGCUUAGAAUUUUUUAUUUUUUUUUAAAAGCCAGAAUUAUAAUGAAUUAAUUAGGUCCGUUUUAAACCUUUAAUAGGUGUCCUCAUUGGAAUUUGUAGUAUAAAUAAAAUGCUGCUUAUAAUAUAAUAAUUAGACAGUGGAGUGGACAUGAAGGCUGCAAGGCCAAGCUAAUGCAUGCAGUUACACCAGAGUUCACCUCUCACCUCUUGACCUUUGUCUUGCCUCGGGACAACGAUGACCCGGUCAGCGGCUCAGAGAGAGAGAGAUGCACAAUUCAUUUGGGUGACCUCGGAGUCUAAGCUUUUUCUUUUCUUUCUUUCUUUCCGUUUUCUCUUUUUUCCAACAACUCCAAACGCUUUUGUUGUGGUUGUGGGUCUCCAUGUCCACACAAUAAUAUUUCAUCCAGCUGAAUAGAGGGGCGACCAGGCCAUAUGAUAAUUGUUCAUAUUAUAAUUCCAUACCAGGCUGCAUAAUGCAUUUUUUCUACACCUAGAGCUAACCUAAUUUUUGCCCUAUCUCUUAUUUUAAUAAGCCCAAAAAUAUGUUACUGGCUCACUUUAUAAACUGGAUGAAAGAGUCUUUUUCGCCCAAUAGGUUUUUUGGAUAUAAACUACAGACCUAUUUUUAAUAGCAAAGUUGAAAUAUUAAAGUUACUGGAGCAUACUUAACACUUAAUAUGAUUCCAUGUCAGAGCCAGUAUAAACAAAAUUUAGAACAACUAUUCAUUACAUGCCGCUGUUUAUAUAUUUCAUGCAUAUCUUGCUUGAAUAAUUUUUAAAGAAUUUAGAAAUGAAUCCCCCCCAAACAAUAUCUUUUAUGAUGUUCAUCUCAUUAAUAUUAACUGAAAGCUAGGAAGAAAUACAAAUUCAGACUUAAAGGUCUGCAGAGGAGCUUUUGACAGUGCAAACAUUUAAGUUUUAUUUGUAAUUGAUCCGAAUGAUUUUACUUGCAAGCUAGACAUAAAAUGUGUACAGCCUAAUUUAUUUUAAAUUUGCAUUUAUACAAAGUACAGACCAUUAAGGCCGUCUUUCUCUAAACAAAAUAGUGCAAAGUGGAAUGUUAAACAAAACCAUCAAAUGUGUCCGUCUUUUUUUAAUGCAAAUCAGAGUGCACUUGUGAAAGUUAGGAGGAGGAUGAUGAGGACAAUGAUGAUAAAAUGCGAUGAUGAAGUUGGUGAAUAUAAAAAUGGCCUCUCAUGUCCACUGUUCCUGCUGAGAAGUGUGUUAGGUUGACCUUAUUAGAAACUCUUUUAUCAUCUUGUGCAAAUAUGUUCCCUUGCCACAGGGCUUCAAGUUACAGGUUGUAAUGUGCACAGAGGAUGCAUGCAGCAGGUGUGCACUCAGACUUUUUUUAAAAAAUCCGAACUUACUUCAUUACAGUUUCUACUAAGUAAUUGAUUCACUUAGAAAUACACAAUUCGAAAUAGUAAAUGUGUGGAAGAAAAAAACAACUUAAUGUGAAUUAUAGGGAUGAAAAAGAAGAGUUGAUUUAUUUUGGGUGAACUAUCACUUUAAUUUCAUCCUGUGGCAGCUUCAGCAUUUGCCUCUCAAUUGAUGAAAGGCAAACCACAUUGUUUGUUCAGACCUGACAUUUAGUUCGAAAGCAUUUGAGUGUGACUCUACUCUGAUGAAUUUGUGCUCUUCUGUAAUUCCUUCCUGAAGAUGUAUGGCCGGUUCACGAGACUGACAGCUGUGCUGUGCUUAUACACAAGCAAACACAUGGUGAAUGGAAGGUAAAUAAAACACCCCAAAGAAAACGCAUAAUGUAUUGCUGCCACAGGUAGUAACAGUCGAGAUGCUGAACAAGUUAGAAUUGCUUUCACAAUAUUUUUUUUAAUUUCCUUUAAUUUUCUGAGAAUGAAAUUCCCUCCAAAAUCUACUUUAUUUAACUCAUUUAUUUAACUCAAUUAUAAAAACAUUUAUGAUAAAGUGCAAUAGCUCAAACAUAAUUUGUAAAAGUGAAGUUACCUGCUAUUAUUUUGAAUAAAACACUCAAAUUGAGAUAUCGAACUAAAACCAGUGAUGUAUCCAUUCAUGAUGAAUGAUGCUAUUGACAGUCUUGGUUUUCUUCUGCAUUGUCUUCUAUUGCAAGUUAGCUGAUGUGGGCAGCUGUUGCAGUUCUCUUGAGGAGCGAUCAAUGAGAGAGCAUAUGCAACUUACAGAUUAUCUUACAUUACAUUUUAAAUUAAUACAUAUAAGUGGGUUCCUCACGAGCUCAUUGUAAUUAAUGCUAAGUUGACCUAAAAUUAACUUAAUGCAUAAUAUGCAUGUAAUAUCCUCACCGGUGCUCAGGGGAAUGAAAUCAAUUGAUCAAGUUAAGCUCUUUCUAAUUCUAUGUGAAGCACUUAUAGAUAGCUCAGUUGUUGUUGUAAUUACAGAUCAUUUGAAUGUUCUCCUCCCUUUGAGUUUUUCUGUUCGUCUGAUUUUACUGUUUUUCUUUAUUUGCAAGGCUUUCAUGGACUAUUAGUCUUUUUGAUCGUGCUCAUUCACAUAUUUGACUACCAAACAAUUUGUACAUCAAGAAAGUUGAAAUGAAGUGCACCUGUUUUUUGUGUGAGUGUGUGUACCUAUGUAUAUUUGGAUGCCCUGUGUACAAUUACACAAAUAUGUGUUUUGUUUCCUAGGUGCUACUAAUAAAGCGCUCAAAAAGAUA